AGUAAGUUAGACGGUACCAUCCGGUCUCGGGUCAUAGUUCAAAAGAAGUCUGCAGUGCGUGUUUCGCUCCUGCCGGGUUUUUAAUUUCUUUAUUUUGGAAUAGGUGGACUUUCGUUUUAACUCCUUCAGAAAGAUGGCCUCAGAUUCAGGCUACGGUCAGCCUGGCGCUCAACAAAGCUACGGGUCUUAUGGUGGAUCCCAGGCCUAUCAAGCUGGACAGGGAUAUGGUCAGGGUAAUGGGAGCGGCUCUUACAGUGGACAGAGUUACAGUGGUUAUGGACAGCCUAGUGGAGAGAGCUAUGGCCAGUCGUCUCAGGGUUACUCCUCUGGUGGUUAUGGUCAGCAGCAGCAGCAACAGCAACAACCACCGCAGCAGCAGCCGCAGCAGCAGCAGGGCUAUGACAGCUACGGACAGCAGGGAUCCGAAUCCUCAUCUGGUUAUGGUGACAAGUCGUAUGGACAGCAGCGAUCUUAUGGACAGCAGUCAGGAGGAGGUGCUGGCGGAGGAGCGUACGGGGGGUCUCAAGGUGGAUAUGCGCGACGCAAUGAAGGUGAUAGCCGGAGGUUUGGCGACGAAGGUGGCUCGGACAGGUCGGAGGGUUUCAGGGGCAGAGGUCGUGGGGGUUAUGACCGCGGAGGCUAUGACAGAGGUGGCCGCGGUGGCCCACCCUCCGGUAUGGGUGGUGGUGACCGUGGUGGCUACAAAAAUUACGGUGGAGCCAGAGACUACAGUCAGAAGGAUGAUGGAGGUGAGUGCAGAAAACACUUCACCUUAAAGUUCAAAGUGUGAACAUCGUAGAGAGAA